AGCCGUUUACGCUUGGUUGCAGGAACUGGCUCCCCACGCGCCAGCCCCAGGGCGCCGCGCGGAGGCCACCGCUGGCGCCCCGCCGCGGCGAGGCCGCGGCCCCUGCCGGCGCUGGCUGGCGGCCCCGCUGCGAUGCUGCUGUGCGGCCAGGACCGCUCGAGCAUCCUGUCGCGGGAGAGCUCCGCGACGAUCGGCUCCCACGAGAGCUUCGGCGCCCAAGAGUGGCACGACACCGACGCCAGGACCUGGAGGACACCGGCCUUCCGCGGCGCCUCCCCGGUCGCGAAGCAGGCGUCGCGUGGUGCGCUGCCCAGUGCACGGUGGGAUCCCGACGUCGCGUUCGAGCUUUGCGCGGAGGGCCAGGAGGCGGAGUACGAUGGCAGGGUCCAGUUCCUCGACAAGGCCGUGGUGAAGUCCGUGCGUGCUGCCGCGCAGGGGUUGAACGAGGGACACAUCCGAUGCCGCGACGGCGUGUGUGCCGCCUUCUCCGAGGAGCGGCGGCAGUGGUACGUCCUCCACGCGACUGGCUCGAAGGACCUAGAGGCGGCCCUUGCCUGCGUCGGGCGCGCGGUGUGCCACGCCUCCCCAGCUGAGCCCCUGCGGACGCCGAGGAUGACGCCGAGCAGGAUGGCCUUGGCGCGGAUGUCGGCCCCAGCGGCCCUGUGCGCAGAGUCGCGCAGGCCGUCGCCGGGCCCGAGGGAGGGCGCGGUGUCUGGCGCGCCCGCGCCGCGUGUGCGGGUGACGGCGCCUGUCGCGCUGUCGCGAGCAGUGUCCUCGGCAGCCACACUGCUGAGCGCCUGCACCGUGAGCGCCCGGGGUCCCAGCCCCGACCGCGGGAGCCAGUGGCCCUGCGUGCCGCUGCUGGAUGUGCCCGCAUCGCCGCCGCGCCUGCCAGAGACGCAUGUCGCGACGCCGCCCUGCCUGGCUCGGCAGGCCACGUUGACGCCGCGGACGCAUGAGCCCACGACUCCGUCGUCUCCGCCGGUGGACGAGACAUUCUCCGCGAGGUACCAGCUGCCGCAGGAUUCCAGCGCCACUGGGUUCGACUCGCCACGGCGGUCACUCGUGCUCGGCGGUCGUGCGGGUGCCAGCAUGCCGCAGCUGGGGAAGCCUGUGCAGGAGCAGAGCUCCUCUGCAAGCGCGUGGCUCGAGCGGGAGCGCACCGUCGCCGAUGCUAUGAUCGAGCACCGCAGGAUUGCGCUGGAGCAGCGGCAGGCUCUGCGGGAGCAAGAGGAGGACAAGGAGCAGCAGCAGCAGCAGCUGCAGCAGCAGCAACAUCAGCAGCAGCAGCAGCAGCAGCAGCAGCAGCAGCAGCCAUCAGACGUGCUGCACCAUCACCUGCAGCAGGGGUCGCAGCGGUCGAAGAGCCUGCCGCCGCAGCCGCACCGGCGCCAGAACCUGCAGCAGCCCGAGCUGCACGCGCACGAGCUGCAGCUGCAGUGGCAGGCCCCCUGCGCGCCCCCACAGGCCGCCGACCUGGAGGGCGCGCUGGCCCCCAGAGCGCCUCCCGGGGCCGAGCCGCCAGGUGCCGCCGGGGCGGGGCCGGCAGACGUGCGCCUCGGCUCCGACCUCGGCGACUUCCCGGUCGUGUACCGGCCCGCCGGCGCGCGGGCGGCCGCGAGGGGCAAGCCUGCUGCCGGCCAGGGGCUCGAGGAGGCGUCGCCGGAGGAGGCCAGGCUCCGCGCGGAGCUGCACGAGGCGCAGGAGCGGGCCCAGGCGAUGCGGGAGGAGGCCGCGUGGGCGGCGGAGGAGAAUGCGGCGGUGAGGCAGCAGCUGCAGGAGGCGCUCCUGGCCUCGCAGGAGGCCCCGUCCCUGCGCGAGCGCCUGGAGCAGCUCGGCCCCAAGGUGCGGGAGGCGUCCGAGCUGCGGCGGCAGCUGGAGAGCGCGACCCAGGCGCUCCAGGAGGGCCGGGAGGCGCGGGCCAAGCAAGCGGCGGCCGAGGCACUGGCCCAGGAGGUGGUCGUGCUGCGGCAGGCGCUCGAUACCGCGCAGGCCGCGGCGCGCGAGGUGGAGGGGCUGCGGCAGCAGCUCCGCGAGGAGAAGCGGGACUUCUGCCAGCAUCUGGAGCAGAUCGAGAGCGUCGUUGCCUCUUUGAGCGUGCGGGAGCGGGACCUCGCCGCUCAGGUCGCCGAGCUGACCGCGGAGAACCAGGCCCUGGCCGCGCGGCUUGUCCAGGAGAAGGGCUGCCAGGGGCACUCUGGCGGCGAGUCGGUGUCCACACACUGCGGCGGUCGGGCGUCGUCGUCCACGGCCUCGUCGAGCGAUGGGUGCUCGGGUGUGGUGUCCCUGGGGUCGAAGGAGGAGCGGCAGGCGCGCGACUUGCUGAAGGAGGAGGUUUCGCAGAAGGACGGCGCCAUGGUUCUCCUGCAAAGCAGGGCAGACAUGGCGCAGCGGAAGCUCAAGUUGGCAGACAUGGAGAACGCCAUGCUGAAGAGACAGCUCCUCGCCCUGCGAAAGCUUCGCCCCGACGGAGACGAUAGCUAGCCCCUCCACGGAGGAGGUUCGGAGAAGCAAGCCGAGCAGGUGCUGCUCUUGCAUUUCGGUUAAUGCGUACAGCGGUUUUGUUUUAACAAGUGAUGUCUUGUGGGUUUGAUCACGGAUUGUUCAUAUUUUGCCUAUUCUGUCGUAGCAGCUAGUGGGUGCGGCUUGCACACCAGUCUGCCAUUCUUGCCCUCUCUCUAACUCUCACUUUCCAUUCUGACCCUUUCACUCGUUAUCCUCAUUGUACCCUGGUCUCCAUCCUCGUGCACGGCGGAUCAUUUUUUGUUGAAGUGUCCCUGUACUGUAAUUCUCGCAGUCGAAGCGAAGAGGGCGUGCCAUAAAUGGCAGGCAUAUCACGCAAAAUGCGUUGCGGAGGGUAUUCUUCUGCAUCCUAUUGUAGAAGACGGCCAGCUGGCUUGCUGGAGCGUCACGGGGCGUCUCGCGCCAUCCUCGGUGAA